CUGCGCCAGCGGCGGUGUGUCACCGAGGCUGGGCUGCUGCCGAAGAGAUCCAGAGUCAGGGCAAACACUCAAUCAGUUAACCCAGAGUGGCAUCGCAGCGGGGCUGAGGGGCUGCCCCGGCGACUUUUAAACCUGAUUACCCUUUAGGUUGGACCCUACGCCUCUACGUGUCACCACCGCCCGUCCUCCUGAUGUCGGAUUUCAAGCUCGGGAUCGUGCGGCUCGGCCGUGUGGCCGGGAAGACAAAGUACACACUGAUCGAUGAGCAGGACAUACCGCUUGUGGAAAACUAUGCCUUUGAGGCGCGCAUGGAAGUAGAUGCAGACGGCAACGGAGCUAAGAUCUUUGCUUAUGCUUUCGACAUCGGCAAAGGCCGCUGGGCAGGAAGGCCGCUGCACGAGCUGCUCUGGGAGAAGCACAGAGGAGGCAUCGCCCCCAGUUUUCAAGUCAUCCACAUCAACUCCGUGACGGUGGACAACCGGCUAGACAACCUGCGGCUGGUGCCAGUGGGCUGGAGCCCCAAGCCAGAGGAGAUUUCCAGCAAGCAAAGAGAGCAGUCGCUGUACUGGCUGGCCAUCCAGCAGGUACCAGCCGACCCGGUGGAGGAGCAGUAUCUGGAGCUGAGCCGCACACGCUACUACAACGCUAACGGGGAGCUGGUGGAGGAAGAGGAGUGCUCUUGCACCUAUUAUGAGUGUCAUUACCCUCCUUGUUCACUCAUUGAAAGGAGGCUGCGGGAGUUUAACAUCUGCGGCCGCUGCCAGGUGGCACGCUACUGCGGCUCCCAGUGCCAGCAGAGGGACUGGCCCGCCCACAAGAAGCAGUGCCGCGAGCGCAAGCGGGUGUUGGCCCUGGAGUCGGAGCCUGAACGAUGAUCUGCCCUCAUCCUCGACUGGGAGACGAGGAGGAGGGCGACCAGGGGGGACAGGGUUAGACUUGUGGGAGGGGAUGCGGGGGAUGAAGCGCAAAAAAAAAAAAAACGGGGAAAACUUGCUGACGAGAGACUUAACGACAGAGGACAAUGUUGAUUGGCUGAUUUGGAGUUCAGGGGGGAAGAAGAUGGAGGAGGGGAAGGAGAAUAAAGCAAAAAGACAUCUGCCACUUCCCAGAACUGGUAAUUCUCCAUAGCUUGCUUUUCGUGUGGAUGACGGGGAGGGGAAAGGUAUUAUUUGUUGUUUUUGUUUUGUUUUUUUUUUUGUUUGUUUUUUGUCUUCAUUUUUCUCGAGGAGGGAGAACCUCGAGCUCUACCUGCUGCUAUGGUUUUGUAUGUGAGCGGGGGGGAAAAAGUUGUCUUGUUGAUGAACUGGACAAGCUUCUUUGGACCACAGUCGAAUACAGAGUCGUCGUCCACUUUCGUUCCUCCACACGGACCGUCUGGUGCCACGACGUCUGUGCGAAACGGGGGACGUUGGGGCUACAGUACCUGUCGCUCAGCUGGUACAACGGGACAUGGACCUUUUCACUGUAUCGCUCCCACACGGCUGCUGUGUUCACGGUCAUCGACACCUUAGCCGCCUCCCUGUCUGCCGUAUUCCCCACGCAGCCAACCACAACACACAUCAGAUAGAUUUCACUGAUUGAAUCACACUACCAGUAUUGAGUGUGUCUGCGUGUGUGUGAGUGUGAGUGUGUGAAAAUGCUUGUAUGUGUACGUGCUGCCAAUAUAUACUGAAGGACAUUGAAAUGGUCAAUGUGGCUGAUGGGUGGGGUUAAUGUACGUCUUUGCUCUCCUUUAAAGGGGCCAUAUUACGCAGUUUUAAAUGUCCUAUAUAAUUAUAAAUUGGUGGUUUAAAAAAUAUUUUCACUGUUCUAUUAUAAAGUAGCUGCCAAAUAAAGGCUGAAUUUUUUACUAGAACUUUUCUCGACCCGCUAAUUUUUUUUAUCGAAUCAGGCUUGUUUUGUUGUUUACAAAGUUUUAUUCGCCCAAAAGUAACUGGACCUUUUUAAGUGUCUGCAUUUUCAAAAUUCUCUCCAUUUGCUGUUUUAAAAAAAGAAAAAAUGUGGUCCUGGUGUUAUUGAUACUUUGACAGGCCUAUUUCAUUUUUUUUCCAAUUGCACUGACAGCAGAAUAUGAAACUGCUUUGUUGCGAUCGCAAAUUCCUUCAAAGCGUCUCUGUCAAACUGGUGAAACAAAAUGUAACAAUUACCUUUUACCAAAGUCUGCUCUGACCUUCUGUAGCUUGGUACUCCUUUCAGCUGGUUUAAAGUCCCUCCAGUUUGCUGGUUUUUAAACAGGCGCCUGUCUUUACAACGGUGUUUUUGCAUCUGCAGGGUUACGGUGUACGUCGGUCAGGGAGGGGGCUCAGUUUCUUGCGUGAGAGUUUUUGCGCUGAGGGUUAUUUUUUUGAAGAAAUUCUAUCAGUGGAGCUAUAUUUAUUUAAAACCUUUUGAUUGUGAAACAUGUUUUUGUCCUGGUGAUAUUUGAAGGCAAACAUUAGAAAAAAUUGGUGAUUGUGGGACCUUUAUGUCGCAUCUUUUCUUUUCUUUUCUGCCCAGGGAGGGGGACUGAACAUUUCAUCCCUGUUACUUGAUUACUUGUUUUUUCUUCUGUCCUGAUCCUGAGUGAUUGAAUGAGUGAGUCCUCCUCACUGCUGCCCUUCCAGUUUUUCCACAGAAACUCUGCACACCGUCACUGUCGCUGAAAUCUUCCAUGUGAGAGACGUCUUGGAGUGUAAAACUUGAAUCCCCCCACACCCCUAACUUUGGUGAAUUUUUAUCCCUGAGAAUGGUUAUAUGAGCUGAACCAUUUCUUGCUUUUGGUUCCUAAGACACGGCAGUCCAAGUAAAAUUGUUCUGUGUCCACUUUAUCCUCAAUCGCCUGCCUUCCUUGUAUUACCUACAAUGCACACCUGCUUAAAUGUGUCCUCUUUGUGUCUUAGGUGAAGAGUCCAGACACUUACUCAGCAUGUAUUUCACACAUGUACAUGCGACUUGUUGAUUGUUUUCUUUUUGUAUGUGUGUGUGAACAGGUUUUCAACACUGCACUAAAAAUUUGGCUCCAAUGUUAGCGUACUUUGUCAUAGACAGGCUGAAGGGGCGGGGUGUGAUUUGGACAGAGUGUACAGAUUGUGUCUGAAAUCUUGUUUUUUUUUUUUGUAAGAUUAUAAGCAUUAAUCACCUAGAAAUAAAGAGCUACAAUAUGUGAAUGGAAGUACAGUUGGGGGAUAACUGACAGUUGCUUUUCCAAUGUAAAAUGAUAAUAAAUAAAAUGAAACUCA